CUUGUCAAGGAGAUCACCAAGCUUGCCAAUGAAGACAGCGACUUGUUCCGCCUUCAGGUUGACGAGACAGACAUCUACAACUUCAAGGCCUGGAUAAAAGGACCAGACGGUACACCGUUCGCAGGCGGGUUCUUCGAGGUGGCUCUAGAAUUUACUCAAGGCUGGCCAGCCAAAGCGCCGCUGGCAUCCUUCGUGACCAAGGUUUUCCACGCAAAUGUAUCGUGCACAGGGGCCAUCUGCGUCAGCAGCCUGCAGAAGGACUGGCAGACUUCUUGGGGGAUCACAGACGUCUUGAAUGUGAUCUGCAGCUUGCUCAUCCACCCGAAUCCAGACAGUGCCUUGAAUGAAGAAGCCUCCGAGCUGAUGCACGAGCGCUACGACGACUACUAUCGAAUCGCCACGCUUUGGACGAAGGUCCAUGCCUCUUUUAUUCCACCGUGCUUU